AUGACGACGGAAGCGGACUUCUUUACGGCUGUGGCGACGAAGGACAAGGCGCUGUUGCUCCGCCUCAUUGCUGAGAAGAAAAAUGUUAACACGCGCGGGGAGCGCAACCGUACACCGCUGCUUAUGUGUGUGUGGGAUGACUACGCCGAGGGCGCGCGACUGCUGCUGGAGGCGGGCGCUGACGUCAACGCCCUGGAUGAUCUGCAUGACACGCCGUUUCUCCUCUCCGGGGCGGAGGGGCGCGUGGAGAUCAUGCGGUAUAUCCUGAAGUACGGCAAGCCAGACUUCACGGUGCGCAACCGCUACGGUGGCUCCGCGCUCAUCCCGGCGUGCGAGCGCGGCCACACGGAGAUGGUGAAGCUGCUGAUCGCCGCCGGUGUCGAUGUUGACCACGUGAACGACCUUGGCUGGACGGGGUUGCUGGAGGUGUUGGAGCUUGGAGGCGACGACGCGGAUCACGUGACGAUCACGCGGGAUCUGAUCGCUGCGGGCGCCAACGUGAAUCUAGCGGAUAAAGAAGGGAGGACGCCGCUCUUCCUGGCGAAGAAGUACGGACUGAAGCGCGUCGCCAAACUCAUCGAGGACGCCGGGGGACAUAUGUGA